UGUUGUGAGCUUUUUUUCUUUAGAAGGUCAACUUUGAUGGGUAUAUUGCAUGUUGAUCAUGGAGUUUUCAGGUUUUAAGAAUGGAGCUUUGGGUGAUGGUCUUUCCUCAAAUGUUAACAUUUGCCCAUUUGUUGGUGCUGAACUGGCUUGGGUGGGAGAAGAAGUUGUAUGAGUUCUGCCCGAGACUUUCAACCAGGCCAGAAGAAGCCGGAGGGAGUUAUCAUUCAAAAGGCUAAAACGCCACACAAGACAGCCUAAAGGACAAAGGGGCAAGGCGUCCCUUCCUUUCUAUUUGGUUUUCAACAUCAAAGGGUAAUGAUACACAUGGAAGAUGAACAGGACAGCGAGCUACAAAUUCCAUCUGGUCUCAUUAGUGGUGUACAUUUUAGUGUUUCUACUCAGGAAGAUACGGAGAAUAUAUCAGUCAUAUCGGUUGAUGCAACUGGCGAGGUAUCUGAUCCUAAGUUGGGACUUCCAAAUCCAUCUUAUCAAUGCUCCACAUGCGGUGCUAGCGUUCUAAAAUGUUGUGAAGGUCAUUUUGGGGCUAUCCAAUUUCCAUUUACUAUAAUCCAUCCCUAUUUUCUCUCCGAAGUUGCACAAGUGUUGAAUAAAGUCUGUCCAGGGUGUAAGACUAUCAGGCAGGAACUAUGGGGCAAGGUUGAGGAUCCAACAUCUAGUUACCAUCGACCUAAAGGUUGCAGAUACUGUUUUGGAAGUCUAAAAGAGUGGUAUCCGCCAAUGAAGUUUAAGCUUUCAUCUUCUGAUAUGUUCAGAAAAAGUAUAAUUAUGGUGGAAGUGAAAGAAAAUAUGUCGAAGAAGUAUCAAAAGAGGGUGGCUAGAGGAGGAUUGCCCCCUGAUUACUGGAAUUUUAUCCCCAAAGACGAACAACAGGAAGAAAGUUAUUGUAGACCAAACAGGAAAAUCCUAACGCAUGCUCAGGUCCGUUAUUUGUUGAAAGACAUUGACCCAAAGUUUCUUAAAAAGUUUGUGCCCAUGACAGAUUCACUGUUUCUAAACUGUUUCCCUGUGACUCCAAACUGUCAUCGUGUGUCUGAAAUGGCACAUUCAUUUUCCAAUGGGCAGCGUUUAAUAUUUGAUGAAAGGACCAGGGCUUACAAGAAGCUGGUUGAUUUUAGAGGGACAGCUAACGAGUUAGGUUCUCGCGUUCUCGAUUGUCUCAAAAUUUCAAAGCUUAGUCCAGAGAAGUUACAAAGUAAAGAUUUGGUUUACCAGCAAAAGAAAAUUAAGGACACUGCUACUAGCUCAUGUGGUUUGAGAUGGAUCAAAGACGUUGUUCUUGGAAAGCGGAGUGACCAUUGUUUCCGCAUGGUUGUCGUUGGUGAUCCAAACAUUGAGUUAAGUGAAAUUGGUAUACCUUGUCAUGUUGCAGAGAGGUUGCAAAUAUCUGAGCAUCUGAGUGUGUGGAAUAUGAAAAAAUUAAGUACUUCUUGUUACCUACAUCUUGUUGAAAAGGGAGAGAUCUUUGUUCGUCGUGGAGGUCGCCUCGUUCGUGUACGCAAUGUUCUUGAACUUAAUAUGGGGGACACUAUAUAUAGGCCUCUAGCUGACAGGGAUGUUGUGUUGGUCAAUCGACCACCAUCCAUCCACCAACACUCACUUAUUGCUUUAUCUGUCAAGGUUCUUCCUGUCUCCUCAGUUCUUUCCUUAAACCCACUUUGUUGUUCUCCUUUCCGUGGAGAUUUUGAUGGUGAUUGCCUUCAUGGUUAUGUUCCUCAAUCACUUGAAGCCCGAGUGGAGCUUAGAGAGCUGGUUUCUCUCGAGAGACAGUUGAUCAAUGGCCAAAGUGGUAGAAAUCUGCUGUCACUUAGUCAUGAUAGUUUAACUGCUGCUCAUUUAAUAAUGGAAGAUGGAGUUUCUUUAAAUCUUUUCCAAAUGCAGCAGUUGCAAAUGCUCGCUUUACAUCAAUUGUUUUCCCCAGCAAUUGUAAAAGCUCCUUCACUUAGAAGUUGUGCUUGGACUGGAAAACAAUUAUUCAGCAUCUUCCUGCCUCCUGAUUUUGAUUAUUCUUCUCCUACUCACUGUGUUUAUAUUAGAAAUGGAGAACUUAUAUCUUCUGAAGGAUCUUAUUGGCUACGCGAUACUGGCAGAAACCUCUUUCAAGCUCUUAUUGAACAUUGUCAGGGAAAGACCCUUGACAUCUUGCGUGAUGCUCAAGGAGUUCUCUGUGAAUGGUUAUCAAUGAGGGGCUUGAGUGUUUCACUUUCGGACUUGUACCUUUCUGUUGAUUCAUACUCACACAAAAACAUGAUGGAUGAUAUCUUUUGUGGGUUACAAGAAGCAGAGGAAACAUGUAAUUUAAAACAGCUGAUGGUGGAUUCAAAUAAGGAUAUCCUUGCUGGAGAUAAUGAAGGUAAUCAAAAUGUGUUGUCUAUUGCAGUGGAGCGUUUAUGUCACGAGAAGCAGAAAUCUGUUGCUCUAAAUCAAGCUUCUGUUGAUGCUUUCAAGAAAGUUUUCCGUGAUAUACAAAAUCUAGUUUAUAAGUAUUCUAGUAAAGACAAUUCACUUCUAACCAUGUUUAAGGCUGGAAGCAAAGGUAACUUGCUGAAAUUAGUUCAGCAUAGCAUGUGUCUCGGCUUGCAGCACUCUUUGGUUCCUCUUUCUUUUGGGCUUCCACAUAGACUCUCGUGUUCUGCAUGGAAUAGUCAGAAGAUGCCUUGUUAUAUUCAGAAGGAUGGUCUUUCUUACCGUACUCAGUCUUUUAUUCCAUAUGCUGUGGUUGAGAACUCAUUUCUGUCAGGGCUAAAUCCUUUUGAGUGUUUUGCUCAUUCAGUGACAAAUCGAGAUAGCUCUUUUAGUGAUAAUGCUGAAGUUCCUGGGACUUUAACACGACGACUUACAUUUUUGAUGCGGGAUAUAUAUAAUGCAUAUGAUGGAACAGUGAGGAAUGCAUAUGGAAAUCAGCUAGUUCAGUUCUCUUAUGAUAUUGAUAGAGACUCCUCCGCUAGAAUCUCUAAUGAAUUUGAUAGUGAGGAUAAUUAUGCAAACCGUGUUACUGGUGGUCAUCCUGUUGGUUCAUUGGCCGCUUGUGCUAUCUCUGAAGCUGCAUAUAGUGCUUUGGACCAACCAAUUAGUCUACUCGAAGCUUCUCCAUUGCUAAACCUAAAGAGAGUGCUGGAGUGUGGUUCAAAGAGGAAUUGUAACAAACAAACCUUUUCAUUGUUCUUAUCGGAGAAACUUGCAAAACGAAGUUAUGGAUUUGAGUAUGGAGCUUUAGGAGUCAAGAGCCAUUUAGAAAGAGUAAUGCUAAAAGAUAUUGUGUCUAGUGUCAUGAUAAUCUUCGCCCCGCAGCCCUGCCGGAAAAAGCAUAUUAGUCCUUGGGUUUGCCACUUUCAUGUAUGCAAGGAAAAUUUGAAGAAAAGACGAUUGAAAAUGAGUUCUGUCAUCCAUUCCCUUAAUGUGCGGUGUGACUCUGUGAGAAAAGAAGCAAAAACGAAUUUACCCUAUCUGCAGAUAACAACCCAGGACUGUCCUAUAGCUGAUUCACAGAAAGAAGAUGGUGAUACAGUGUGCUUAACUACUACAAUAGUGGAGCACACAAAAAAUUCUUUCUUGCAAUUAGAUUUCAUUCGAGAUUUGCUGAUUCAUUUCCUUCUUGGUACAGUUAUAAGAGGCUUUGCGGAGAUUGAAAGGGUAGAUAUUGCAUGGAAUGAUCGGCCAAAGGUACCAAAACGUCAUUGUAAUUCUCAUGGUGAGCUCUACUUGCGAGUGACCAUGUCUGGAGAAGGCAAUUCAAGGUUUUGGGCAACUCUUAUGGAUAACUGCCUCCAGAUAAUGGAUUUGAUUGAUUGGUCUCGUAGUCAUCCAGAUAACACUCACAGUCUCUGUAUGGCAUAUGGAAUAGAUUCUGGAUGGAAGUACUUUCUCAAUAGUUUGGUGUCUGCAACAUCAGAUAUUGGCAAAUCUAUACGUCUUGAACAUUUGAUGCUUGUUGCAAAUUGUCUUUCCGCUACUGGAGAGUUUGUUGGUUUGAAUGUGAAAGGAUUGUCACGGCAAAGGGAACAUGCCUUGGUCAAAACACCCUUUAUGCAAGCUUGCUUCUCUAAUCCUGGUGCUUGUUUUGUUAAAGCUGCCAAGGCUGGAACUAAGGACAAUCUUUCAGGAACUCUAGAUGCCUUGGCAUGGGGAAAGAUGCCUUCCAUGGGAACUGGGGCACAGUUCGAUAUCUUAUACUCUGGGAAGGGGCAUGAGCUUAGUAAGCCUGUCGAUGUUUAUAAUCUACUGGGUGGCCAAAGCAUUUGUGAGAAGCAGAAUGUGAAGAUUGAAUCUCUUGACAAGAACAAUACAUUUGAGAAAUAUAGUGCUCAGUUAGUGCAUAAAAACGGCGGUUCUACCAUCAAAGGGCUUAAAAAGUUCAAUAGUGUAUCUAAAUCAAUUUUAAGGCAAUUUUUGACUUUGAAUGAUGUUCAGAAGCUGUCUCAUGCAUUGAGAAGCAUUUUACACAAGUAUCCUUUAAAUCACAGAUUAAGUGAAGGGGACAAGUCAACUUUGAUGAUGGCUUUAUACUUUCAUCCUCAAAGGGAUGAAAAGAUUGGUGCUGGAGCACAGGACAUAAAGAUUGGUUGCCACUCAAAGUACCAAAAUACACGUUGCUUUAUAUUGAUACGAUCUGAUGGGACGACAGAAGAUUUUUCUUACCACAAGUGUGUUUUAGGUGCUUUGGAGAUCAUAGCUCCUCAUAGAGUAAAGGCAUAUCAGUCAAAAUGGUUGCAAGAAAAGUUUGAGUAAAAUCCCAUCUUUCAUGUACAUAUUCAGAAGUUGAGGUAUGUACAGUCAGUGGCAAAAUGAAAAAUGGAGGUUUUGGUCUUAAAUUAUAUCCUCAAGUUGUUGGGUGUUUGAAUGAAAGCAGUCCUGUCGAUUCGUCUUUGACUUAGCCUGUUGUCUUUAAUAUCGCGCAAUGCCGAAAAGGGUUCUGGUUGUUGCUUUGCUGACCUGUUGCAUUAUUACUAACGAUGAACUUUGCACUUCGAGUUCGACGAUGGUGGUGGUUCAUCAGUUUUUGAGUCCUUUUACGAUUUCGACUAAGAGGUGGUAGUAUAGGAUGUAGAAUAUGUGAACAGGAAGAGAGCUAGAUGAGCAGUUAACCAUUAUGUUUCUUUGUUUGUUUUGUCAAUAAAAAUAAUAAACUCUCUCAUCUUGUAUAUUUGAAUUCCUGAGCUUCUUUUUGCUUCUUUUACUCUAACUUGUUUGCCUUCAUAUAAGCAUAGGCGAAAAAGAUCUAGUGGAAGCAGCAAAGAGAAGCUUGUAGAGGCAGUCUCUUCAUAAUGUAAUUUUCUUAAUUUAACAAUGAGGAACUUAAUUCUCUCUUCAUUUUGGCAUUGUUAUAAGAAGUCCCCUAUGAUGAUCAUGCAUCUAAUAUAGUUUGGUUAGAUUUCAGUGUU